UCAGUGGAGUUUGGUUCUCGAGGCGGCGGCAGCGAGCGGUGGCGGCUCCAGCGGCUCCUCCUCCUCCUUCGGUGGCGGCGGCGGCCCGGGACCGAGACUCGGCCCCGGCUCCCCUCUCCGCCACCCCGCGCGCCUCCAACCCCCCGGCGCCGCGGGGAACAUGCGGCUCCGGCUCCCGGAGGCCGGCGAGUGAGUGACCCCCGUCCCCCGCCUCAGCCCGCCCGCCCGCUGGCCCGGCCGCAACCCCCCGCCUCGCCCAGGCAAUGACAGCGGCUCCGGCGUCUCCGCAGCAGAUCAGGGACCGGCUGCUGCAGGCCAUCGACCCCCAGAGCAACAUCCGGAACAUGGUGGCGGUGCUGGAAGUCAUCUCCAGCCUGGAGAAAUACCCCAUUACCAAAGAGGCACUUGAGGAAACACGACUUGGGAAGCUCAUCAACGACGUCCGCAAGAAAACCAAGAACGAGGAGCUCGCCAAGCGGGCCAAGAAGCUGCUGCGGAGCUGGCAGAAGCUCAUCGAGCCGGCGCACCAGCAUGAGGCGGCGCUGCGGGGGCUGGCGGGGGCCACCGGCUCUGCCAACGGGGGCGCACACAACUGCCGGCCAGAGGUGGGGGCGGCUGGCCCGCCCAGGAGCAUCCAUGACCUGAAGAGCCGCAAUGACCUCCAGAGGCUGCCCGGGCAGCGGCUGGACAGGCUGGGCAGCCGCAAGCGCCGGGGUGACCAGCGUGACCUCGGCCACCCAGGGCCGCCACCCAAGGUCUCCAAAGCUAGCCACGACCCCCUGGUCCCCAACUCAUCCCCUCUCCCCACCAAUGGGAUCAGUGGGAGUCCAGAGAGCUUCGCCGGCUCCCUGGAUGGCAGUGGGCAUGCAGGCCCAGAGGGCGGCCGCCUGGAGCGUGGCGAGAACGACAAGCACAGUGGCAAGAUCCCCGUCAACGCCGUGCGGCCGCACACCAGCUCCCCGGGCCUGGGCAAGCCCCCUGGACCCUGCUUGCAGCCAAAGGCUUCGGUGCUGCAGCAGCUGGACAGGGUGGACGAGACUCCGGGGCCUCCCCAUCCCAAGGGACCCCCUCGCUGCUCUUUCAGUCCUCGGAACUCACGGCAUGAGGGCUCCUUUGCCCGGCAGCAGAGCUUGUAUGCACCCAAGGGCUCCGUGCCCAGCCCCUCACCGCGGCCCCAGGCACUCGAUGCCACACAGGUGCCGUCACCGCUUCCACUGGCACAGCCGUCCACACCCCCUGUGCGGCGGCUCGAGCUGCUGCCCAGUGCGGAAAGCCCAGUGCGCUGGCUUGAGCAGCCUGAGAGCCACCAGCGGCUGGCAGGGCCGGGCUGCAAGGCAGGGCUGUCCCCAGCCGAGCCCCUCCUGUCCCGGGCAGGCUUUUCCCCAGACUCCUCCAAGGCAGACAGUGACGCUGCCUCCUCAGGGGGCUCGGACAGUAAAAAGAAGAAGAGGUACCGGCCUCGAGACUACACGGUUAACUUGGACGGGCAGGUGGCCGAGGCGGGCGUGAAGCCUGUCCGGUUAAAAGAGCGGAAGCUCACCUUUGACCCCAUGACGAGACAGAUCAAACCUCUGACCCAGAAAGAGCCAGUGCGGGCAGACAGCCCUGUGCACAUGGAGCAGCAGUCCAGGACAGAGCUGGACAAGCAGGAGGCCAAGGCCAGCCUCCAGAGCCCCUUCGAACAGACGAACUGGAAGGAGCUGUCACGCAACGAGAUCAUCCAGUCCUACCUGAGCCGGCAGAGCAGCCUGCUCUCAUCAUCGGGCGCGCAGACCCCGGGGGCUCACCACUUCAUGUCUGAGUACCUGAAGCAGGAGGAGAGCACCCGGCAAGGGGCCAGGCAGCUGCACGUGCUGGUGCCUCAAAGCCCGCCCACAGACCUCCCCGGUCUGACCCGGGAGGUCACACAGGACGAUCUUGACAGAAUCCAGGCCAGCCAGUGGCCGGGGGUGAACGGGUGUCAGGACACACAGGGUAACUGGUAUGACUGGACGCGGUGCAUAUCGCUAGAUCCGCACGGCGACGACGGGCGCUUGAACAUUCUGCCUUAUGUCUGCUUGGACUGACCGGCCUGUCAGCCACGAAGUGCAUUCCCAUCUUGCAGAAGCCGGGUGGGCAGGCAGGCAGGUGGGCAGGUGGCCGGGGCCCAGCUGCCUCCUGUGCUGGGAACUCGGGGAGUCCAGCCCGGGCGGGAGGGAGGGGGCGGGAGUCACGCGGUCUCUCUGCGCUCUUCCCUCAAAACUCCUUUUGUGAAAUGCUGCUACCAGUUUACUAACAAAAUUGCGAAGGAAGGACCGCGUGGAAGGAAGGACGGCAAAGUGAGUUCAGAACUCUAUAGCAAACCAGCUAUAAAAAGCGUUAGUCCCUCACCCCCGAAGAGGUGCGGACACUUUCCAGCACCUGAAAGCUGGGGCCUCAGUUGCAGGCAGGCACAGAAAACCUGUGGGAGAGGUUACCUUUAACACAGCAACAGAAGCACGCAUCUCAUCUCUCUUGCAUUUUCUGUUCUUUAAUUUGGCCCUGAGUAUCUGAGACAGUGGGCCAUGCCACUGCCUGUUUGCUCCCUACUCAGCCACUGUCAGGCCAGUGUUGUCCAUCACGUGCCAGAAGCUUCUCAGCUAUGGUGAGCCACUAGCAUUGGGCAGGGCCAGCUGGCCAGCCAGUGUGACCCACACUCCAUGGGCCAGCCACCCGUUUAUAUCUGGUUUCAGUUAUAACCUAGUUUUUAAAGAAAUGCUGCAAAAAUUUAAGUUUUCUCAUGUUUAUUUUAACAACUCCUCUUCCAUCAGACCACCAGACAAAAAAACCUUUCCUUUCUUCCUCCCUUUCCUUUUUUCCCUUCCUGUACACAUCUAGAAAACUUCACCUUUCUAGAGUCCCCCCAAAACAACACAAAAGUUACUGUGGGUGCUACUGGUUUUACGCUGUACUGUGGGGCGAGGGGGAAGACCUGUCUGUACGCUGGAAACACUCAUAACCAUUCCUUUAGAUUUGUUUGCCUUAUGGUUAUUUGUCAUAAACGCGAUUUGCAAAAACAAGGAGCCUUAGUGAAUGUACAGUACCUAGACUUCUGUGUUCUCAGGACGCAGAAGGGAGCAACUUUGCUAUUUGGUCCAGUAAGUGGACACCUUGUGAUAUAAAUGUGGAAAUAAAAAAAACCAUUUGCACAAA